AUGUAUAGUGAAUGUUAUCGAUGUAACAUAUCAGAUGACUGUCAAAUCAGAUGCCAAAGAAGACGUUCUUGCCGGCAAUGUUUGUUUCCGAUCUCUUGUUUCUCAAAAAGAAAUAUUAUAAGGAGCAAUGGCGAAACCACAACGAAUCAAAACAAGCAACCAUCAUACAUCACAACCGGUGGAUUCCCAUAUACUCCUAUACCGAUAAGUAGAAGUUACCAUCGAAAAAAUAAUCAGAGAACACACAGUUCCAAAUCCUCAUCGGCGAAAACUAGAUCUUCUAAAAUUCCUGCUGAUAAUCAGCAUAGUGAAAACACAAUACCGACUCAAGACACUACGAACAAUGUUACUGGUGCAUAUAUAACUACUACUAUAACAGGACUGACGUCUAAAAAAGGAGGCGAAACCGACGAUGAUAUGGCUUUCACGGAAAGGACAACAGAAGGUUUAAAGGAAACCGCAAUGAAAGAUGGUAUCAGUAGUUCUCAAUCCUCUUCGGCGAAAGGAUCUUCUACAAUUCCAGACAAUAAUCAAUCAACUGAAAAUACAAUACAGACUCAGGACAACACGAACGACGAUAAUGGUGCAUCUACAACUGCUGCCAUAACAGAAGGCACGUCUGCAGAGGAAGGUAGAAUCAACGAUAAUAUCGCUACUACGGAAUGGACAAAAGAAUGUAUAAACGAAACCGCAACACCAGAUGGAGUUAGUGGUUCUCAAUCCUCUUCGGCGGAAACAGGAUCUUCUACGAUUCCAGACGAUAAUCAGUCCAGUGAAAACACAAUUCAGACGCAGGACCCUACGAAGGAUGUUACAGGGGCAUCUCCAACAGAAACUAUAACAGAAGGCACAUCUGCUGACGGAGGGGGAACCAACGUUGAUAACACUACCAAGGAAUAUACAACAGAAGGUACAGUGGGAACCGCAACACAGUAUGGAGCUAGAGGUUCUCAAUCCUCUUCGGCCAAAACAGGAUCUUCUACUAUUCCAAACGAUAAUCAGUCCAGUGAAAACACAAUUCAGACGCAGGACCCUACGAAGGAUGUUACAGGGGCAUCUCUAACAGAAACUAUAACAGAAGGCACAUCUGCAGAAGAAGGGGGAACCAACGAUGAUAUAGCUACCAUGGAAUGUACAACAGAAGGUAUAGUGGGGACCGCAACACAGGAUGGAGGUAGUGGUUCUCAAUCAUCUUCGUCCGAAACAGGAUCUUCUACUAUUUCGGAGUAUAAUCAGACAAGUGAAAACACAAUAAAGACGCAGGACCCUACGAACGAUGUUACAGGGGCAUCUCCAUCAGAAACAAUAACAGAAGGCACUUCUGCAGAGGAAGGGGGAACUAAUGAUGAUAUUACUACCACGGAAUAUACAACAGAAGGUACAGUGGGAACCGCAACACAGGAUGGAGGUAGUGGUUCUCAAUCCUCUUUGUCCGAAACAGGAUCUUCUACUAUUUCGGACGAUAAUCAGUCUAGUGAAAACACAAGACAGACACCGGACCCUACGAACGAUCUUACUGGGUCAUCUCUAACAGAAACUGUAAGAGAAGGCACUUCUGCAGAAGGAGGGGGAACCAACGAUGAUAUCACUACCACGGAAUGUACAACAGAAGGUAUAGUGGGCACCGCAACACAGGAAGGAGGUAAUGGUUCUCAAUCCUCUUCGUCCGAAACAGGAUCUUCUACUAUUUUGGACGAUAAUCAGACUAGUGAGAAUACAAUAAAGACGCAGGAUCCUACGAACGAUGUUACAGGGGCAUCUCCAACAGAAACUAUAACAGAAGGCACUUCUGCAGAAGGAGGGGGAACCAACGAUGAUAUCGCUACCACGGAAUGUACAACAGAAGGUAUAGUGGGAACCGCAAUACAGGAAGAAGGUAGUGGUUCCCAAUCCUCUUCGGCCGAAACAGGAUCUUCCACGAUUCCAAACGAUAAUCAGUCUAGUGAAAACACAAUACAGACGCAGGACCCUACGAGCGAUGUUACAGGGGCAUCUCAAACAGAAACUAUAACCGAAGGCACUUCUGUAGAGGAAGGGGGAACUAAUGAUGAUAUGACUACCACGGAAUGUACAACAGAAGGUAUAGCGGGAACCGCAACACAGGAAGAAGGAAGUGGUUCUCAAUCCUCAUCGGCCGAAAGAGGAUCUUCUACUAUUCCAAACAAUAACCAGUCAAGUGAAAACACAAUACAGACACCGGAUCCUACGAACGAUGUUACAGCAGCAUCUCCAACUGCUACUAUAAGGGAAGGCACUUCUGCAGAGGAUGGGGAAAUCAACGAUGAUAUCACUCCCACGGAAUGUACAACAGAAGGUAUAGUGGGGACCGCAACACAGGAUGGAGGUAGUGGUUCUCAAUCCUCUUCGUCCGAAAAAGGAUCUUCUACUAUUCCAAACGAUAAUCAGUCUAGUGAAAACACAAGACAGACACCGUACCCUACGAACGAUCUUACUGGGUCAUCUCUAACAGAAACUGUAAGAGAAGGCACUUCUGCAGAGGGAGGGAGAACCAAUGAUGAUAUCACUACCACGGAAUGUACAACAGAAGGUAUAGCGGGAACCGCAACACAGGAUGGAGGUAGUGGUUCUCAAUCCUCUUCGGCCGAAACAGGAUCUUCUACUAUUCCAAAUAAUAAACAGUCUAGCGAAAACACAAUACAGACACCGGAUCCUACGAACGAUGUUACAGCAGCAUCUCCAACUGCUACUAUAAGGGAAGGCACUUCUUCAGAGGAUGGAGGAACCAACGAUGAUAUCACUACCACAGAAUGUACAACAGAAGGUAUAGCGGGAACCGCAACACAGGAUGGAGGUAGUGGUUCUCAAUCCUCUUCGUCCGAAAAAGGAUCUUCUACUAUUCCGGACGACAAUCAGUCUAGUGAAAACACAAUACAGACGAAGGACCCUACGAACGAUGUUACAGGGGCAUCUCAAACAGAAACUAUAACCGAAGGCACUAUUGUAGAGGAAGGGGGAACUAAUGAUGAUAUGACUACCACGGAAUAUACAAAAGAAGGUAUAGUGGGAACCGUAACACAGGAUGGAGGUAGUAGUUCUCAAUUCUCUUCGGCCGAAACAGGAUCUUCCACCAUUCCAAACGAUAAUCAGUCUACUGAAAACACAAUACAGACACCGGAUCCUACGAACGAUGUUACAGCAGCAUCUCCAACUGCUACUAUAAGGGAAGGCACUUCUGCAGAGGAUGGGGAAAUCAACGAUGAUAUCACUCCCACGGAAUGUACAACAGAAGGUAUAGUGGGGACCGCAACACAGGAUGGAGGUAGUGGUUCUCAAUCCUCUUCGUCCGAAAAAGGAUCUUCUACUAUUCCAAACGAUAAUCAGUCUAGUGAAAACACAAGACAGACACCGUACCCUACGAACGAUCUUACUGGGUCAUCUCUAACAGAAACUGUAAGAGAAGGCACAUCUGCAGAGGGAGGGAGAACCAAUGAUGAUAUCACUACCACGGAAUGUACAACAGAAGGUAUAGCGGGAACCGCAACACAGGAUGGAGGUAGUGGUUCUCAAUCCUCUUCGGCCGAAACAGGAUCUUCUACUAUUCCAAAUAAUAACCAGUCUAGCGAAAACACAAUACAGACACCGGAUCCUUCGAACGAUGUUACAGCAGCAUCUCCAACUGCUACUAUAAGGGAAGGCACUUCUGCAGAGGAUGGAGGAACCAACGAUGAUAUCACUACCACAGAAUGUACAACAGAAGGUAUAGCGGGAACCGCAACACAGGAUGGAGGUAGUGGUUCUCAAUCCUCUUCGUCCGAAAAAGGAUCUUCUACUAUUCCGGACGACAAUCAGUCUAGUGAAAACACAAUACAGACGAAGGACCCUACGAACGAUGUUACAGGGGCAUCUCAAACAGAAACUAUAACCGAAGGCACUAUUAUAGAGGAAGGGGGAACUAAUGAUGAUAUGACUACCACGGAAUAUACAAAAGAAGGUAUAGUGGGAACCGUAACACAGGAUGGAGGUAGUAGUUCUCAAUUCUCUUCGGCCGAAACAGGAUCUUCCACCAUUCCAAACGAUAAUCAGUCUACUGAAAACACAAGACAGACACAGGACCCUACGAACGAUGUUACUGGGGCAUCUCCAACAGAAACUAUAACAGAAGGCACCUUUGCAGAGGGAGGGGGAACCAAUGAUGAUAUCACUACCACGGAAUGUACAACAAUAGGUAUAGUGGGAACCGUAACACAGGAUGGAGGUAGUGGUUCUCAAUCCUCUUCGGCCGAAACAGGAUCUUCCACGAUUCCAAACGAUAAUCAGUCUAGUGAAAACACAAUACAGACGCAGGACCCUACGAACGAUGUUACAGGGGCAUCUCAAACAGAAACUAUAACCGAAGGCACUUCUGUAGAGGAAGGGGGAACUAAUGAUGAAAUGACUACCACGGAAUGUACAACAGAAGGUAUGGUGGGGACCGCAACACAGGAUGGAGGUAGUGGUUCUCAAUCCUCUUCGGCCGAAACAGGAUCUUCUACUAUUACAAACAAUAACCAGUCUAGCGAAAACACAAUACAGACACCGGAUCCUACGAACGAUGUUACAGCAGCAUCUCCAACUGCUACUAUAAGGGAAGGCACUUCUGCAGAGGAUGGAGGAACCAACGAUGAUAUCACUACCACAGAAUGUACAACAGAAGGUAUAGCGGGAACCGCAACACAGGAUGGAGGUAGUGGUUCUCAAUCCUCUUCGUCCGAAAAAGGAUCUUCUACUAUUCCGGACGACAAUCAGUCUAGUGAAAACACAAUACAGACACCGGACCCUACGAACGAUCUUACUGGGUCAUCUCUAACAGAAACUGUAAGAGAAGGCACUUCUGCAGAGGGAGGGAGAACCAAUGAAGAUAUCACUACCACGGAAUGUACAACAGAAGGUAUAGCGGGAACCGCAACACAUGAUGGAGGUAGUGGUUCUCAAUCCUCUUCGGCCGAAACAGGAUCUUCUACUAUUCCAAACAAUAACCAGUCUAGCGAAAACACAAUACAGACACCGGAUCCUACGAACGAUGUUACAGCGGCAUCUCCAACUGCUACUAUAAGGGAAGGCACUUCUGCAGAGGAUGGAGGAACCAACGAUGAUAUCACUACCACAGAAUGUACAACAGAAGGUAUACCGGGAACCGCAACACAGGAUGGAGGUAGUGGUUCUCAAUCCUCUUCGUCCGAAAAAGGAUCUUCUACUAUUCCGGACGACAAUCAGUCUAGUGAAAACACAAUACAGACGAAGGACCCUACGAACGAUGUUACAGGGGCAUCUCAAACAGAAACUAUAACCGAAGGCACUUUUGUAGAGGAAGGGGGAACUAAUAAUGAUAUGACUACCACGGAAUAUACAAAAGAAGGUACAGUGGGAACCGUAACACAGGAUGGAGGUAGUGGUUCUCAAUCCUCUUCGGCCGAAACAGGAUCUUCCACCAUUCCAAACGAUAAUCAGUCUACUGAAAACACAAGACAGACACCGGACCCUACGAACGAUGUUACUGGGGCAUCUCCAACAGAAACUAUAACAGAAGGCACCUUUGCAGAGGGAGGGGGAACCAAUGAUGAUAUCACUACCACGGAAUGUACAACAGAAGUUAUAGUGGGGACCGCAACACAGGAAGGAGGUAGUGGUUCCCAAUCCUCUUCGUCCGAAUCAGGAUCUUCUACUAUUUCGGACGAUAAUCAGUCUAGUGAAAACACAAAACAGACACAGGACCCUACGAACGAUGUUACAGGGGCAUCUCCAACAGAAAAUAUAACAGAAGGCACUUCUGCAGAAGGAGGGGGAACCAACGAUGAUAUCGCUACCACGGAAUGUACAACAGAAGGUAUAGUGGGAACCGCAAUACAGGAAGAAGGUAGUGGUUCCCAAUCCUCUUCGGCCGAAACAGGAUCUUCCACGAUUCCAAACGAUAAUCAGUCUAGUGAAAACACAAUACAGACGCAGGACCCUACGAGCGAUGUUACAGGGGCAUCUCAAACAGAAACUAUAACCGAAGGCACUUCUGUAGAAGGAGGGGGAACCAACGAUGAUAUCGGUACCACGGAAUGUACAACAGAAGGUAUAGUGGGUACCGCAACACAGGAAGAAGGUAGUAGUUCUCAAUCCUCUUCGUCCGAAAAAGGAUCUUCUACUAUUCCAAACAAUAACCAGUCUAGCGAAAACACAAUACAGACACCGGAUCCUACAAACGAUGUUACAGCAGCAUCUCCAACUGCUACUAUAAGGGAAGGCACUUCUGCAGAGGAUGGAGGAACCAACGAUGAUAUCACUACCACGGAAUGUACAACAGAAGGUAUAGCGGGAACCGCAACACAGGAUCGAGGUAGUGGUUCUCAAUCCUCUUCGUCCGAAAAAGGAUCUUCUACUAUUCCGGACGACAAUCAGUCUAGUGAAAACACAAUACAGACGCAGGACCCUACUAACGAUCUUACUGGGUCAUCUCUAACAGAAACUGUAAGAGAAGGCACUUCUGCAGAGGGAGGGAGAACCAACGAUGAUAUCGGUACCACGGAAUGUACAACAGAAGGUAUAGUGGGGACCGCAACACAGGAUGGAGGUAGUGGUUCUCAAUCCUCUUCGGCCGAAACAGGAUCUUCUACUAUUCCAAACAAUAACCAGUCUAGCGAAAACACAAUACAGACACCGGAUCCUACGAACGAUGUUACAGGGGCAUCUCCAACAGAAAAUAUAACAGAAGGCACUUCUGCAGAAGGAGGGGGAACCAACGAUGAUAUCGCUACCACGGAAUGUACAACAGAAGGUAUAGUGGGAACUGCAACACAGGAAGAAGGUAUUGCUUCUCAAUCCUCUUCGUCCGAAAAAGGAUCUUCUACUAUUCCGGACGACAAUCAGUCUAGUGAAAACACAAGACAGACACAGGACCCUACGAACGAUGUUACUGGGGCAUCUCCAACAGAAACUAUAACAGAAGGCACUUUUGCAGAGGGAGGGGGAAUCAAUGAUGAUAUCACUACCACGGAAUGUACAACAGAAGGAAUAGUGGGCACCGCAACACAGGAAGGAGGUAAUGGUUCUCAAUCCUCUUCGUCCGAAACAGGAUCUUCUACUAUUUUGGACGAUAAUCAGACUAGUGAGAAUACAAUACAGACACAGGACCCUACGAACGAUGUUACAGGGGCAUCUCAAACAGAAACUAUAACCGAAGGCACUUCUGUAGAGGAAGGGGGAACUAAUGAUGAUAUGACUACCACGGAAUAUACAAAAGAAGGUACAGUGGGAAACGUAACACAGGAUGGAGGUAGCGGUUCUCAAUCCUCUUCGGCCGAAACAGGAUCUUCCACGAUUCCAAACGAUAAUCAGUCUAGUGAAAACACAAGACAGACACAGGACCCUACGAACGAUGUUACAGGGGCAUUUCCGACAGAAUCUAUAACAGAAGGCUCAUCUGCAGACGGAGGGGGAACCAACGAUGAUAUCGGUACCACGGAAUGUACAACAGAAGGUAUAGUGGGUACCGCAACACAGGAAGAAGGUAGUAGUUCUCAAUCCUCUUCGUCCGAAAAAGGAUCUUCUACUAUUCCAAACAAUAACCAGUCUAGCGAAAACACAAUACAGACACCGGAUCCUACGAACGAUGUUACGGCAGCAUCUCCAACUGCUACUAUAAGGGAAGGCACUUCUGCAGAGGAUGGAGGAACCAACGAUGAUAUCACUACCACGGAAUGUACAACAGAAGGUAUAGCGGGAACCGCAACACAGGAUGGAGGCAGUGGUUCUCAAUCCUCUUCGUCCGAAAAAGGAUCUUCUACUAUUCCGGACGACAAUCAGUCUAGUGAAAACACAAUACAGACGCAGGACCCUACGAACGAUCUUACUGGGUCAUCUCUAACAGAAACUGUAAGAGAAGGCACUUCUGCAGAGGGAGGGAGAACCAAUGAUGAUAUCACUACCACAGAAUGUACAACAGAAGGUAUAGCGGGAACCGCAACACAGGAUGGAGGUAGUGGUUCUCAAUCCUCUUCGGCCGAAACAGGAUCUUCUACUAUUCCAAACAAUAACCAGUCUAGCGAAAACACAAUACAGACACCGGAUCCUACGAACGAUGUUACAGCAGCAUCUCCAACUGCUACUAUAAGGGAAGGCACUUCUGCAGAGGAUGGAGGAACCAACGAUGAUAUCACUACCACGGAAUGUACAACAGAAGGUAUAGCGGGAACCGCAACACAGGAUGGAGGUAGUGGUUCUCAAUCCUCUUCGACCGAAAAAGGAUCUUCUACUAUUCCGGACGACAAUCAGUCUAGUGAAAACACAAGACAGACACCGGACCCUACGGACGAUCUUACUGGGGCAUCUCUAACAGAAACUGUAAGAGAAGGCACUUCUGCAGAGGGAGGGGGAACCAAUGAUGAUAUCACUACCACGGAAUGUACAACAGAAGCUAUAGCGGGAACCGCAACACAAGAUGGAGGUAGUGGUUCUCAAUCCUCUUCGUCCGAAAAAGGAUCUUCUACUAUUCCGGACGACAAUCAGUCUAGUGAAAACACGAUACAGACGCAGGACCCUACGAACGAUCGUACUGGGUCAUCUCCAACUGCUACUAUAAGGGAAGGCACUUCUGCAGAGGAUGGAGGAACCAACGAUGAUAUCACUACCACGGAAUGUACAACAGAAGCUAUAGUGGAGACCGCAACACAGGAUGGAGGUAGUAGUUCCCAAUCCUCUUCGUCCGAAAAAGGAUCUUCUACUAUUCCGGACGACAAUCAGUCUAGUGAAAACACAAUACAGACGCAGGACCCUACGAACGAUGUUACAGGGGCAUCUCAAACUGAAACUAUAACCGAAGGCACUUCUGUAGAGGAAGGGGGAACUAAUGAUGAUAUGACUACCACGGAAUAUACAAAAGAAGGUACAGUGGGAAACGUAACACAGGAUGGAGGUAGCGGUUCUCAAUCCUCUUCGGCCGAAACAGGAUCUUCCACCAUUCCAAACGAUAAUCAGUCUAGUGAAAAGACAAGACAGACACCGGACCCUACGAACGAUCUUACUGGGGCAUCUCUAACAGAAACUGUAAGAGAAGGCACUUCUGCAGAGGGAGGGGGAACCAAUGAUGAUAUUACUACCACGGAAUGUACAACAGAAGGUAUAGCGGGAACCGCAACACAGGAUGGAGGUAGUGGUUCUCAAUCCUCUCCGUCCGAAAAAGGAUCUUCUACUAUCCCGGACGAUAAUCAGUCUAGUGAAAACACAAGACAGACACAGGACCCUACGAACGAUCUUACUGGGGCAUCCCUAACAGAAACUAUAACAGACGGCACUUUUGCAGAGGGAGGGGGAACCAACGAUGAUAUCACUACCACGGAAUGUACAACAGAAGGUAUAGUGGGGACCGUAACACAGGAUGGAGGUAGUAGUUCUCAAUCCUCUUCGUACGAAACAGGAUCUUCUACUAUUUCGGACGAUAAUCAGACUAGUGAAAAUACAAUAACGACGCAGGACCCUACGAACGAUGUUACAGGGGCAUCUCCAACAGAAACUAUAACAGAAGGCACUUCUGCAGAAGGAGGGGGGGCCAACAAUGAUAUCGCUACCACGGAAUGUACAACAGAAGGUACAGUGGGAACCGUAACACAGGAUGGAGGUAGUGGUUCUCAAUCCUCUUCGGCCGAAACAGGAUUUUCCACCAUUCCAAACGAUAAUCAGUCUAGCGAAAACACAAUACAGACACCGGAUCCUAAGAACGAUGUUACAGCAGCAUCUCCAACUGCUACUAUAAGGGAAGGCACUUCUGCAGAGGAUGGAGGAACCAACGAUGAUAUCACUACCACGGAAUGUACAACAGAAGGUAUAGCGGGAACCGCAACACAGGAUGGAGGUAGUGGUUCUCAAUCCUCUUCGUCCGAAAAAGGAUCUUCUACUAUUCCGGACGACAAUCAGUCUAGUGAAAACACAAUACAGACGCAGGACCCUACAAACGAUCUUACUGGGUCAUCUCUAACAGAGACUGUAAGAGAAGGCACUUCUGCAGAGGGAGGGAGAACCAAUGAUGAUAUCACUACCACGGAAUGUACAACAGAAGGUAUAGCGGGAACCGCAACACAGGAUGGAGGUAGUGGUUCUCAAUCCUCUUCGGCCGAAACAGGAUCUUCUACUAUUCCAAACAAUAACCAGUCUAGCGAAAACACAAUACAGACACCGGAUCCUACGAACGAUGUUACAGCAGCAUCUCCAACUGCUACUAUAAGGGAAGGCACUUCUGCAGAGGAUGGAGGAACCAACGAUGAUAUCACUACCACGGAAUGUACAACAGAAGGUAUAGCGGGAACCGCAACACAGGAUGGAGGCAGUGGUUCUCAAUCCUCUUCGUCCGAAAAAGGAUCUUCUACUAUUCCCGACGACAAUCAGUCUAGUGAAAACACAAUACAGACGCAGGACCCUAUGAACUAUGUUACAGGGGCAUCUCAAACAGAAACUAUAACCGAAGGCACUUUUGUAGAGGAAGGGGGAACUAAUGAUGAUAUGACUACCACGGAAUAUACAAAAGAAGGUACAGUGGGAACCGUAACACAGGAUGGAGGUAGUGGUUCUCAAUCCCCUUCGGCCGAAACAGGAUCUUCCACCAUUCCAAACGAUAAUCAGUCUAGUGAAAACACAAGACAGACACCGGACCCUACGGACGAUCUUACUGGGGCAUCUCUAACAGAAACUGUAAGAGAAGGCACUUCUGCAGAGGGAGGGGGAACCAAUGAUGAUAUCACUACCACGGAAUGUACAACAGAAGGUAUAGCGGGAACCGCAACACAAGAUGGAGGUAGUGGUUCUCAAUCCUCUUCGUCCGAAAAAGGAUCUUCUACUAUUCCGGACGACAAUCAGUCUAGUGAAAACACGAUACAGACGCAGGACCCUACGAACGAUCGUACUGGGUCAUCUCCAACUGCUACUAUAAGGGAAGGCACUUCUGCAGAGGAUGGAGGAACCAACGAUGAUAUCACUACCACGGAAUGUACAACAGAAGGUAUAGUGGGGACCGUAAUACAGGAUGGAGGUAGUAGUUCUCAAUCCUCUUCGUACGAAACAGGAUCUUCUACUAUUUCGGACGAUAAUCAGACUAGUGAAAAUACAAUAACGACGCAGGACCCUACGAACGAUGUUACAGGGGCAUCUCCAACAGAAACUAUAACAGAAGGCACUUCUGCAGAAGGAGGGGGGGCCAACAAUGAUAUCGCUACCACGGAAUGUACAACAGAAGGUAUAGCGGGAACCGCAACACAGGAUGGAGGUAGUGGUUCUCAAUCCUCUUCGGCCGAAACAGGAUCUUCUACUAUUCCAAACAAUAACCAGUCUAGCGAAAACACAAUACAGACACCGGAUCCUAAGAACGAUGUUACAGCAGCAUCUCCAACUGCUACUAUAAGGGAAGGCACUUCUGCAGAGGAUGGAGGAACCAACGAUGAUAUCACUACCACGGAAUGUACAACAGAAGGUAUAGCGGGAACCGCAACACAGGAUGGAGGCAGUGGUUCUCAAUCCUCUUCGUCCGAAAAAGGAUCUUCUACUAUUCCCGACGACAAUCAGUCUAGUGAAAACACAAUACAGACGCAGGACCCUACGAACGAUGUUACAGGGGCAUCUCAAACAGAAACUAUAACCGAAGGCACUUUUGUAGAGGAAGGGGGAACUAAUGAUGAUAUGACUACCACGGAAUAUACAAAAGAAGGUACAGUGGGAACCGUAACACAGGAUGGAGGUAGUGGUUCUCAAUCCCCUUCGGCCGAAACAGGAUCUUCCACCAUUCCAAACGAUAAUCAGUCUAGUGAAAACACAAGACAGACACCGGACCCUACGGACGAUCUUACUGGGGCAUCUCUAACAGAAACUGUAAGAGAAGGCACUUCUGCAGAGGGAGGGGGAACCAAUGAUGAUAUCACUACCACGGAAUGUACAACAGAAGGUAUAGCGGGAACCGCAACACAAGAUGGAGGUAGUGGUUCUCAAUCCUCUUCGUCCGAAAAAGGAUCUUCUACUAUUCCGGACGACAAUCAGUCUAGUGAAAACACGAUACAGACGCAGGACCCUACGAACGAUCGUACUGGGUCAUCUCCAACUGCUACUAUAAGGGAAGGCACUUCUGCAGAGGAUGGAGGAACCAACGAUGAUAUCACUACCACGGAAUGUACAACAGAAGCUAUAGUGGAGACCGCAACACAGGAUGGAGGUAGUAGUUCCCAAUCCUCUUCGUCCGAAAAAGGUUCUUCUACUAUUCCGGACGACAAUCAGUCUAGUGAAAACACAAUACAGACGCAGGACCCUACGAACGAUGUUACAGGGGCAUCUCAAACAGAAACUAUAACCGAAGGCACUUCUGUAGAGGAAGGGGGAACUAAUGAUGAUAUGACUACCACGGAAUAUACAAAAGAAGGUACAGUUGGAAACGUAACACAGGAUGGAGGUAGCGGUUCUCAAUCCUCUUCGGCCGAAACAGGAUCUUCCACCAUUCCAAACGAUAAUCAGUCUAGUGAAAACACAAGACAGACACCGGACCCUACGAACGAUCUUACUGGGGCAUCUCUAACAGAAACUGUAAGAGAAGGCACUUCUGCAGAGGGAGGGGGAACCAAUGAUGAUAUUACUACCACGGAAUGUACAACAGAAGGUAUAGCGGGAACCGCAACACAGGAUGGAGGUAGUGGUUCUCAAUCCUCUUCGGCCGAAACAGGAUCUUCUACUAUUCCAAACAAUAACAAGUCUAUCAAAAACAAAAUACAGACACCGGAUCCUACGAACGAUCUUACUGGGGCAUCUCUAACAGAAACUAUAACAGAAGGCACUUCUGCAGAGGGAGGGGGACCCAAUGAUGAUAUCAUUACCACGAAAUGUACAACAGAAGGUAUAGUGGAGACCGCAACACAGGAUGGAGGUAGUGGUUCUCAAUCCUCUGCGUCUGAAACAGGAUCUUCUACUAUUUCGGACGAUAAUCAGACUAGUGAAAAUACAAUAAAGACGCAGGACCCUACGAACGAUGUUACAGGGGCAUCUCAAACAGAAACUAUAACAGAAGGCACUUCUGCAGAAGGAGAGGGAACCAACGAUGAUAUCACUACCACGGAAUGUACAACAGAAGGUAUAGUGGGGACCGUAACACAGGAUGGAGGUAGUAGUUCUCAAUCCACUUCGUACGAAACAGGAUCUUCCACCAUUCCAAACGAUAAUCAGUCUAGUGAAAACACAAGACAGACACCGGACCCUACGGACGAUCUUACUGGGGCAUCUCUAACAGAAACUGUAAGAGAAGGCACUUCUGCAGAGGGAGGGGGAACCAAUGAUGAUAUCACUACCACGGAAUGUACAACAGAAGGUAUAGCGGGAACCGCAACACAGGAUGGAGGUAGUGGUUCUCAAUCCUCUUCGGCCGAAACAGGAUCUUCUACUAUUCCAAACAAUAACCAGUCUAGCGAAAACACAAUACAGACACCGGAUCCUAAGAACGAUGUUACAGCAGCAUCUCCAACUGCUACUAUAAGGGAAGGCACUUCUGCAGAGGAUGGAGGAACCAACGAUGAUAUCACUACUACGGAAUGUACAACAGAAGCUAUAGUGGAGACCGCAACACAGGAUGGAGGUAGUAGUUCCCAAUCCUCUUCGUCCGAAAAAGGUUCUUCUACUAUUCCGGACGACAAUCAGUCUAGUGAAAACACAAUACAGACGCAGGACCCUACGAACGAUGUUACAGGGGCAUCUCAAACAGAAACUAUAACCGAAGGCACUUCUGUAGAGGAAGGGGGAACUAAUGAUGAUAUGACUACCACGGAAUAUACAAAAGAAGGUACAGUGGGAAACGUAACACAGGAUGGAGGUAGCGGUUCUCAAUCCUCUUCGGCCGAAACAGGAUCUUCCACCAUUCCAAACGAUAAUCAGUCUAGUGAAAACACAAGACAGACACCGGACCCUACGAACGAUCUUACUGGGGCAUCUCUAACAGAAACUGUAAGAGAAGGCACUUCUGCAGAGGGAGGGGGAACCAAUGAUGAUAUUACUACCACGGAAUGUACAACAGAAGGUAUAGCGGGAACCGCAACACAGGAUGGAGGUAGUGGUUCUCAAUCCUCUUCGGCCGAAACAGGAUCUUAUACUAUUCCAAACAAUAGCAAGUCUAGCGAAAACAAAAUACAGACACCGGAUCCUACGAACGAUCUUACUGGGGCAUCUCUAACAGAAACUAUAACAGAAGGCACUUCUGCAGAGGGAGGGGGAACCAAUGAUGAUAUCACUACCACGGAAUGUACAACAGAAGGUAUAGUGGAGACCGCAACACAGGAUGGAGGUAGUGGUUCUCAAUCCUCUGCGUCUGAAACAGGAUCUUCUACUAUUUCGGACGAUAAUCAGACUAGUGAAAAUACAAUAAAGCCGCAGGACCCUACGAACGAUGUUACAGGGGCAUCUCAAACUGAAACUAUAACAGAAGGCACUUCUGCAGAAGGAGGGGGAACCAACGAUGAUAUCGCUACCACGGAAUGUACAACAGAAGGUAUAGUGGGAACCGCAACACAUGAUGGAGGUAGUGGUUCUCAAUCCUCUUCGUCCGAAAAAGGAACUUCUACUAUCCCGGACGAUAAUCAGUCUAGUGAAAACACAAGACAGACACAGGACCCUACGAACGAUCUUACUGGGGCAUCUCUAACAGAAACUAUAACAGACGGCACUUUUGCAGAGCGAGGGGGAACCAACGAUGAUAUCACUACCACGGAAUGUACAACAGAAGGAUCUUCUACUAUUUCUGACGAUAAUCAGGCUAGUGAAAACACAAGACAGACACCGGACCCUACGAACGAUCUUACUGGGGCGUCUCUAACAGAAACUGUAAGAGAAGGCACUUCUGCAGAGGGAGGGGGAACCAAUGAUGAUAUCACUACCACGGAAUGUACAACAGAAGGUAUAGCGGGAACCGCAACACAGGAUGGAGGUAGUAGUUCUCAAUCCUCUUCGUCCGAAACAGGAUCUUCUACUAUUUCGGAAGAUAAUCAGACUAGUGAAAAUACAAUAAAGACGCAGGACCCUACGAACGAUGUUACAGGGGCAUCUCCAACAGAAACUAUAACCGAAGGCACUUCUGUAGAGGAAGGGGGAACUAAUGAUGAUAUGACUACCACGGAAUGUACAACAGAAGGUAUAGCGGGAACCGCAACACAGGUUGGAGGUAGUGGUUCUCAAUCCUCUUCGUCCGAAACAGGAUCUUCUACUAUUCCAAACAAUAACCAGUCUAGCGAAAACACAAUACAGACACCGGAUCCUACGAACGAUGUUACAGCAGCAUCUCCAACUGCUACUAUAAGGGAAGGCACUUCUGCAGAGGAUGGGGGAACCAACGAUGAUAUCACUACCACGGAAUGUACAACAGAAGGUAUAGCGGGAACCGCAACACAGGAUGGAGGUAGUGGUUCUCAAUCCUCUUCGGCCGAGACAGGAUCUUCUACUAUUCCAAACAAUAAUCAGACUAGUGAAAAUACAAUAAAGACGCAGGACCCUACGAACGAUGUUACAGGGGCAUCUCAAACAGAAACUAUAACCGAAAGCACUUCUGUAGAGGAAGGGGGAACUAAUGAUGAUAGAACUACCACGGAAUAUACAAAAGAAGGUACAGUGGGAACCGUAACACAGGAUGGAGGUAGUGGUUCUCAAUCCUCUUCGUCCGAAAAAGGAUCUUCUACUAUUCCCGACGACAAUCAGUCUAGUGAAAACACAAUACAGACGCAGGACCCUACGAACGAUGUUACAGGGGCAUCUCAAACAGAAACUAUAACCGAAGGCACUUCUAUAGAGGAAAGGGGAACUAAUGAUGAUAUGAGUACCACGGAAUAUACAAAAGAAGGUACAGUGGGAACCGUAACACAGGAUGGAGGUAGUGGUUCUCAAUCCUCUUCGGCCGAAACAGGAUUUUCCACCAUUCCAAACGAUAAUCAGUCUGGUGAAAACACAAGACAGACACCGGACCCUACGAACGAUCUUACUGGGGCAUCUCUAACAGAAACUAUAACAGAAGGCACUUCUGCAGAGGGAGGGGGAACCAAUGAUGAUAUCACUACCACGGAAUGUACAACAGAAGGUAUAGUGGAGACCGCAACACAGGAUGGAGGUAGUGGUUCUCAAUCCUCUGCGUCUGAAACAGGAUCUUCUACUAUUUCGGACGAUAAUCAGACUAGUGAAAAUACAAUAAAGACGCAGGACCCUACGAACGAUGUUACAGGGGCAUCUCAAACAGAAACUAUAACAGAAGGCACUUCUGCAGAAGGAGAGGGAACCAACGAUGAUAUCGCUACCACGGAAUGUACAACAGAAGGUAUAGUGGGAACCGCAACACAGGAUGGAGGUAGUGGUUCUCAAUCCUCUUCGUCCGAAAAAGGAUCUUCUACUAUCCCGGACGAUAAUCAGUCUAGUGAAAACACAAGACAGACACAGGACCCUACGAACGAUGUUACUGGGGCAUCUCCAACAGAAACUAUAACAGAAGGCACCUUUGCAGAGGGAGGGGGAACUAAUGAUGAUAUGACUACCAUGGAAUAUACAAAAGAAGUUACAAUGGGAACCGUAACACAGGAUGGAGGUAGUGGUUCUCAAUCCUCUUCGGCCGAAACAGGAUCUUUCACCAUUCCAAACGAUAAUCAGUCUAGUCAAAACACAAUACAGACACAGGACCCUACGAACGAUCUUACUGGGGCAUCUCUAACAGAAACUAUAACAGACGGCACUUUUGCAGUGGGAGGGGAAACCAACGAUGAUAUCACUACCACGGAAUGUACAACAGAAGGUAUAGUGGGGACCGUAACACAGGAUGGAGGUAGUAGUUCUCAAUCCUCUUCGUACGAAACAGGAUCUUCUACUAUUUCGGACGAUAAUCAGUCUAGUGAAAAUACAAUAAAGACGCAGGACCCUACGAACGAUGUUACAGGGGCAUCUCCAACAGAACCUAUAACAGAAGGCACUUCUGCAGAAGGAGGGGGGACCAACAAUGAUAUCGCUACCACGGAAUGUACAACAGAAGGUAUAGUGGGAACCGCAACACAGGAUGGAGGUAGUGGUUCUGAAUCCUCUUCGGCCGAAACAGGAUCUUCUACUAUUCCACACAAUAAUGAGUCUAGCGAAAACACAAUACAGACACAGGAUCCUACGAACGAUGUUACAGGGUCAUCUCCAACAGAAACUCUAACAGAAGGCACUUCCUCAGAGGGAGGGGGAAGCAACGAUGAUAUCACUACCAAGGAAUGUAUAACAGAAGGUAUAGUGGGAACCGCAACACUGGAUGGAGGUAGUGGUUCUCAAUCCUCUUCGGCCGAAACAGGAUCUUCUACUAUUCCACACAAUGAUCAGUCUAGUUAA